GCAACAACUCGAUUGCUCAAGAUGAUUGCUACGACGGUGUGCUUUUACCUGGUGCUGCUUGCCGCAUUCCUGAUCUUGAUGGCCCCCACUUCGGAGGCAUGCUUCAUCCUACUGGCCUGCCUCUUGGGCUCUCCGCUGUGUCCCUACAACACCACUGCCGCCGGAUGAUGAAAGGCGCAAUCCAAAUCCAAAUCCAAUCCUAAUCUAAUCUGAGUCCGCCCACCGCAGCCAAUAAAAGAAUUUUGCAUUGAAAA